ACACUCGGUCGCCCACUCUUCCUCUCCAUCCUGCCGCACGACGCACCAACGCCGGCCUGCCGCUCCUAACUGGUACCCUAGCCAGCCAGCUCAUGCUGCCCUCGCUGCAUAUAUAUACAUAUAUAUAGCCCAUUCCACGAGCAACCAUUUCCAUUGACUAUGGAUUCAGGGAAGGUCCCUUCUCAGGACCGGUCCGGUUCAUCUCAGUCCCGUCAUCCAACCAUGACUAGUCGCGCUGGAGGCGCUGCUGGUGGUACCCAUUUUCCUUUCCCACUCGCCUCCAAAAGAACGACGCGAGAUUCAUUGACAUUCUCAUUCCCCCCUCUCUUUCAGCCUGAUACAUCCUCGACAUCACUUGUCCCUUCGACGGCUGAGGGAAAGCCCAUACCUCUCGACGGCAGCACUGCGGCACACCGUACAUCUGCCCUCCGGGAGCUCAACAGCAACUAUCCUUCCCGUCACCGCUACGCCAAGUCGACUGGGGCCCAGAGCAGCACAUACUCUCAGCCCGUCAUCGUGAGGACGUACUCCGGGUCUCACAGUCGCCCCACGAGUACCAACCGCGGCAACGGUACCAACGGAGGCGGUCUCGGCUCCCGGGCAGCCUUUUCUGUUGUGAGCAGUCCUGCGGCAUCUGUACGGCGCAUCAUAGCUCUUAGGACUCCAUUCAGCGGGAGCAAGCCGUCUCAGCAUGGCGGCCUAAGCAAAGCGAGAGGAAUCGCGAAAAAGCGGCUGGAGGGCCAGGGUGCCCUAGCCAAGCUUCCACCCGUCGAAGCAUACAGCUUCAAGAGCAUGAUGGCCAACAUCGAGGCGCAGGAGGGGGAGAACAACAUCAACGCUGACCUCGACCGUAUUGCUGAGAUAUGUGCUCGGUCACGGUACUCGUUAAGCAACCAGUAUGAGGUUCACGUUGCUCCUCACGGGUCUGGUUCAUCUUUUGUAAGCCGCGCCUCAUCGUCUAGACGCCAACGCCAAAAUGCCGGCCCCACGUUAGAGGCCGUUGUGUCGGACGACGAGCGCAGACAUAAGAGGCGCAGCGGUGGUAGGAGAAGAAGUAUAGCAAUGGGGACACUUGAAACCAUCAUGUCUUCGAGCCGAUCUUCCGAGGAAGACAAGUCGAAGAAGAAGUCGGCCGCAGAGAUAACGGCCGAGGUACGGGGCAGGACCGCAAGGAAGUCUUCGGGUAACACAUCGCCGACUUCAUCGGGCAGUGAAGGCGAGGGGCCGUCAAGCAAAGUCCCGGAGGGCCAGCCUCCGCCGCUUGUGCGGCGGAAGUCAUCCUCAUUCGCCACGGCCAUGCUAGAGAGCACACGCCAGGGCUUUACCGCCAGUAUUGCCUCACCGCGGAACUCAGCAACAGGCCUGGUCAGCGAGCCAGCUCUACCGAAGACCUCGACGAGCCAUCUCGAAGUCCGAACAGAUGCUGAGGAGAACGUGGCCCAUCGCCGUGCAGCCAAGGGCUCGGACGAAAGGCCCCGGGCUGACGGUCAUGAACCCCAGCACCACGAGGCCUUGGCCCAGCCCGAUCAGACGAAGCCACCGGCGGGACUCUUGGCAGGUCUGACCGGUUGGGUGCCGUGGAGACUGCCACCGAUUGUGGGACUCGGGUCGGCGUCUGCUCAAGGCGGCGUUUCGAGGAGCCAUGCUGAGGGUAGCUUGCGGGAACUGCUUAAGACGGCCGGUUUCAAAAGUAAAGGCAAGGCCGUUGAGGGCCAGUCUUGAGCCUGUUAGGUGACAGUCAAACUUGACAAGAUUGGGGAUAAGACGCCUUCGUCAUGGAUUACACACGCAACUUGGUGAUAUCAUUUGGCCUGGACUGCCGAGGUUCGGAAAAGGACAGUACCAAAAAGAAACGUUCGAUUUUUAAUACCCUAUACACUAAGCGGGAAGGCUAUACACAAAACAACCAGGAGGCGCAAGAUCGAAAACGGGGAAUCCGCAUCACCGCCUGUAAGCAGUACAAACUCACGAGCUAACGAAUAAUUUGUUUCACGGCAAUUUAUGACAUAUACUGAAUGAGAGGGCAUGCCCCAGGAUGGGCAACGGGACGGACUGGAAACCGGCUGGUAUUCUCAGACUAAAACUUCUGCAUAUAUAUGGUGUUAUUCAA